CUUCACAAAUCAACCCUAACUGUGUUCCCCUCUGUCUCUUUUUCUCUCCCUCUAAAAAUAGCCACACACACUCCAAUCUCUUGCCUUCUCUCAAUCUCUCGUUCAUCCCACUCACAGUGACUAUUUCUUUCGCUCUCUCUGGUUUGGAACCAUCGUUCACCGACCUAUCUCUCUCUCAUUGUCUUUCAGAUGUGGGUGCUAAGGAUCAAUGAUGAAGGGUCCCAAGAAAGGGCUUUGGGACGAUGAUGAAAAGACGCAAUAAGGGGCGAAGCAGAUGCUCCCCAAAGUGCUUUGACCCUUUCUUCUCCCUAGCGCGAACCAGAGGCCUUUUCUCCAUGGGUGAUGGGCAACCGAGUCUGUCCAUUAUGUGAAGUAAGUUUAACGGGGCCAUUCACAAGGGUAUGCCCCACAAGUUCUACCAUGGCCGAACUGGGCGUGUCUGGAACAUCACCAAGCGCGCUAUUGGCGUGGAGGUUAACAAGCAGGUUGGGAACCGCAUCAUUAAGAAGAGGAUUCAUGUUCGUGAGGAGCAUGUCCAGCCCUCUAGAUGCACUGAGGAGUUCAGAAACAGAAAGUUAAGGAACGAUAAGCUCAAGGCCGAGGCCAAGUUGAAGGGUGAGGCCAUCAGCACCAAGAGGCAGCCAGAGGGUCCCAAGCCAGGUUUCAUGGUCGAAGGAGCUCAGUUGGAAACUGUCACCCCCAUUCCUUAUGAUGUUGUCAACGAUCUCAAGGAAAUAUUCCAAGAGUCCAAGAUUUUCGGUUUAUGGAAGACAAAAAGCAAGAGGCAUUCUCAUGACACCAGGUCUUCAAGGCAGCUCACCUCACUAGUCAUGGCAUCAAUUCGGAAGGACACCUCAAAGCUUCACAAAAGCCAGAUGGCAGCAAGCAGUAGGCACAACACCUCAGUAUCUCACGGCAUCAGAUUUUGAAGCAUGAUUGGCCAGCAAGAUGGCAAAGCUUUACUCCUGAUCUUGUUUCAGCUGCUAAAACUAGUGAAACAAUUUGUGAGAAUUGCAUGGCUAUAUUGAAGGUUUCUCUCUCU